GAGGGAGAGAAAAGGGAGAGAGAGGCACGAGUGAGCGAGAGAGACUCGUCGAGUGUCGAGCUAGAGUAGGUAGCCGCACUCGCGCUAUAAAGCUGAAAGCGCGACGGUCCAGAGGCCCAGUAGAAGCCCGCGCGCGAAGCCGAGAGAAAUAUAACGUUGUCGUCGUCGUCGUCGUCGUCGUGCAUCAGAGAGUUCAGGGCUUGUCGUGUCGUCAUGGAGCGGAAAAACUCGUUGCUGCUGAUCUCGCUAAUCGUGCUCUUUUCCCUGGCACGGCCCAACAACGCGAGAUCUCUGCAGAUUCUACCGGAAAUUCCGGGUUAUGUGCCGGUGUACAUAAGACUCGGCGAUCAGCCGCUCGAAGAGAUCAAUCCGGCAUUGGCCGAGGCCUUCCACGAAACCCCAGCCGAGGUGCAACAGGCUGAAAACAGCCGGAGCGCCAGAUCCGACGAUCGUGCCGAGCCAGCCGCGCCCGCGAUGACGUCGGCUCCGAUCACAACGACCACCGGAGCAUCGUCGAUAGUCUCGACCAAGCAGGAACUGAGCAGUUUCGACGACGACUGGUUCAACUCCAAAGAGUUGGGCGCCGACGAUUUUGGACCCUCGUCGACGACGGAGGAACCCAAACCGAUCAAUCUCAUGCCCGAGAAACCGGUAGAGAGAGAAUCGGUCAUAAUGAAGAUUCCCAGACGAGGACAGACCACGACAACUAUUCCCAGCAAAUUAUUCGCGGCGAAAAAAAGAUAAUAAAAUGAAUUUUCUUACUAUGAA